AUGCGGGUCGUCUUUCCCUUGGCGAGGCAGCAGUGCUUGUGCAACCGUGAACUGAACCGUUCCCGAGACGCGAUCAGGACGGGAGCCGACCUGGCAUUGAAAAAGAACAACUUUUCAGCUGAAUCAGCUCCCUGUGCAGGAGCUGAGGAGAAGCGAUGGUGGGGACAAGAUGAAGAAAGCAGAAUGUGCAUCAGAAUAACAGAAGAUUUUCUGGCAACAUAUCAUGCUAACUAUGGCUUCAAUGCAGAUGAUACAGACAGUUCAUCUGCUUCUGGCACAGCAGCUGAAAGUAAGCUACCAGCAGGUUCUAAGACAUCAGGAACACAACCAGCAGCAAACGAGAAGGGACCACAACAAACUGAUCCAAAACAAAAAGCAGAAAAAAGGAAGCUUGAAGCAGGAUGGUUUCAUGUUGAAGAAGACAGAAACACAAAUGUUUAUGUGACUGGUUUACCUCCAGACAUUACAAAGGAUGAAUUUGUACAAGUCAUGUCAAAAUGUGGUAUCAUUAUGCGAGAUCCUCAGACAGAGGAACACAAAAUCAAACUAUAUAAAGAUAAGGAAGGAAAUCUUAAAGGAGAUGGCCUCUGUUGCUAUCUAAAGAGAGAAUCCGUUCAACUUGCACUGAGACUUCUGGAUGAGGCAGAAAUUAGAGGCUAUAAAUUGCAUGUUGAAGUUGCAAAGUUUCAGCUGAAGGGGGAGUAUGAUGCAAGCAAGAAGAAGAAGAAAUGUAAAGACUACAAGAAGAAGUUGUCCCAGCAGCAGAAACAGCUGGAUUGGAGGCCUGAGAAGAAAGAUGGUGUAAAUCGAAUGCGACAUGAACGCAUCGUUAUCAUCAGGAAUAUGUUUCACCCAAAGGACUUUGAGGAGGAUCCUUUAGUGCUAAAUGAGAUCAGAGAAGAUCUACGGACAGAGUGUGAAAAGUUUGGACAAGUAAAGAAGGUUCUCAUAUUUGAUCGACACCCUGAUGGGGUGGCCUCUGUGUCAUUCAAAGAAGCGACAGAAGCCGAUCUCUGCAAGCUCACCCUGAAUGGAAGGUGGUUUGGAGGCCGUCAGCUCAGCGCCGAGACGUGGGACGGUGUGACAGAUUAUCAGGUGGAGGAGACUGCAAGAGAAAGGGAAGAAAGGCUCAAGGUGUGGGGAUCAUUUUUAGAGGAUCCUGAUGCAAAGGAGGAGAAAGCGACAUCUGAUUCAGAUUCUGCAACAAGCAGUGUUAAACUGCCUGAAGGCAGACAACCUUCCAAAGUUAAUGACACACCUAAAGAGGAUGUAAAGGAUGAAGCCCGUAAGGGGGAGAAUAACGGGGAGGGCAUUAAUGAAGAUGGUGCUCCUUCCACAGACAGCAGUCUUGCAGGCAGUGAGGAUGAAGCAGAUACAUAACACCUUCAAAGCUUUAUGAAAGCAUGAUUUUUGGAGUGAUGUUUGAGUUUAUUCCUUGUUUCAUGGUGACUACAGACAAUGUUCAUAUGAAUAUAUGCAUAUUAGGAUGUCAUCUGCUGUGUGCUUUGGAAUUUUCAUUAAAAGCAGUAUUUAAUGAG